AUGUUUCUCGAUACAGUCGUCAGUAAUGCUGAAUAUGCUACUCCGUUAAGUAACGACGACGAGGUUAUCAGAGGUUUAGGUUACAAACCAGAGUUUAAGAGAGAUCUUUCCCUAUGGGCCACAUUCAGUGUCUCGUUUUCAGUCCUAGGACUCAUUCCAUCUGUUGCCUCAACCAUGUGGUACUCUAUUGCCUAUGGCGGUAAUGCAGGUUUGACAUGGGGUUUUUUGAUUGGAUUGACAGGUGUGAUGGCCGUAUGCCUGUCCAUGUGUGAAAUUGCAAGUGCAUACCCGACUUCAGGAGGUCUAUACUAUGCAACUGCCAUGCUAUCACCACCUAAAUAUAAAGCUCUUUUUUCGUGGAUUGUUGGUUGGUCUAACUAUUUUGUUCAAUUGACCGGUGGUCCUGCUGUUGGCUGGUCUUGUGCAAGUAUCAUCUUGGCUCUUCACUCAAUGAUGGAUCCUUCUUAUGUCAACAAAACCUGGCACACGUAUUUAUUGACGAUUUCGAUCACUUUCACAUGCGCCUGUAUUGCAUCACUUCCAACAAGAUGGAUUGCUCGUGUCAACUCUUUCACUUCUCUUUUGAAUAUGGCCUUCUUGUUUAUUUCUUGGAUCAUCAUAUUGGCUGCUAAUAACAGAACGAACCUAGGAUACUCCAAGUUCAACGAUAAUCGAACUGCUUGGGGGAUUGACAACUUCACCGAUUGGCCCGACGGAGUGUGUAUUCUAAUGACCUUCCUAGCGGUUAUUUGGACAAUGUCCGGUUUUGAUAUCCCCUUCCAUAUAGCUGAAGAAAGUUCAAACGCCCAAAUCUCAACCCCAAGGGCAAUCUUUAUGACCGCAAGCAUUGGGGGUAUACUCUGUUUUGUCUAUCAGUUAUCUAUCGCCUACACAAUCAUCAAUGUUGCGGAAGUUGUUGAGAGUGAAAUAGGCCAACCAUACAUUUCAUAUUUGGCACAAGUAUUGGACCAAAAAUCAUGUUUAGCUUUGGCUUCGUUCUCUGUUAUUCUAACAUUCUCAAUGUGUUUCACCUCCAUGAUUGCGUGUUCCCGAGUGUUGUUCUCCUACUCCAGAGACAACUGCUUCCCAAUGUCUCAUAUUUGGUGCCAUGUGAACACCAAGACCCAAACGCCAGUCAAUGCUGUGUGGAUGAAUUGGUUCAUCGGUGCUUGUUUGGAUACGCUAAUGUUUGGCGGUGUUGCAAUCGAUGCCAUUUUCUCAUUGGGUGCCAUUGGCUCCUUCAUCUCCUUUACGGUUCCAACAUUGCUAAGGAUUACAUAUGCCAGAAAAACAUUUGUCCCAGGCCCAUGGAACCUAGGUAAGUGGACUUAUGUGAGUGGCUGGUAUGCCGUCUUGUUUGUUCUUCUAAUGAUCCCGAUUUUGAACCUUCCCCAAUACAGGGGUAAAAACUUGACGCCUGAAUUAAUGAACUGGACCUGUUUGGUCUAUUACGGUGCAAUGAGUCUUGCAAUUGCUUGGUAUUUUAUCUAUGCGCAUAAAAUCUUCAAGGGCCCAAAGAGCAACAUUACAAACACUGUUAUACCAAACUAUGAAGAAAAAGAUGAAGCAGUGGACGAAGUGGUGGUUGGCACCGAUGAUUCUAAAGACAUUCACCGAGCUGACACAGAAACGUCCAGUGGUCUGAACGGUAGCUUAUCUGAUAAUCUUUCAAAGAGGCACACACUUAAGGAAGUGUAA